AUGAGUUCGAUAAUGUUCUGGUUCUUUGUAUGGAUUACAUUGGCAAGCACUUCUAUAAACCCGAGCAGCAACGAACUUAUUUCAAAAAGUUUGGACCAAUUUCCAGGAUUUUCCUCUCUCAAGGAUUCUCACGAAGCAUGUCCUGGACAUUGCGAAAGCGGAUGGACUCACUUCGACAAAAACGAUGCUUGCUACAAGACUUUCUAUAAUGCAAAUGCUUACGAUGCCGAGUACAUCUGUAACACUCUUGGAGGACACUUAACUUCGAUACACAGCUCUGAUGAAAAUAUGUUUGUAGCCGAGCUGGCAAAAAUGGGCAAGCCAUACAGUGAAUAUCGUGACCUGACUUGGAUCGGUCUAUGGAAGGAAGGUAAAAGCGGCAACUGGACCUGGACUGAUGGCACAAAAGUUGAUUAUCUACGCUGGGCUACCGGUGCACUCGAUUCAGGGUACCCCUGCGCGAUGCUGUACAGCGAUCCUCAUGUCGACUUGCGGGAAAGUAUCCUGUAUCAACAAUGGGACGACUAUCAUUGCGCCGCAACUCUGAGAGCGUUUGUAUGCAAGAAGACGGCUUUGUACUAGCGCGGCUACACUUACAUGCGA